CCAAGAUUUUUCCUUUUUGGAGACACCCAGAAGUGAAGGAAGGAGUCAUGGAAAGGCUCCUUGUCCCCUCCCCGCAAACUGCGGACUCCCUUCGGCGUUUCCAGGUGCUGUUGCUGGACAGAAAGGGCAGACUGCACGGUCAGAUCCGGAGCCUUCGGGACAUUGUCCGGAAGAUUGAAAAACUGCGCAAGCGGUCUCUGCUGGCUAACAUCGCGGGCAGUUCCCUGAGUGCAGCUGGAGCCGUCACCGCCAUUGUGGGGCUGUCCUUGAGUCCCAUCACCCUGGGGACCUCUCUUCUGGCCUCCGCAGUGGGGCUGGGUGUGGCCACAGCAGGAGGGGCAGUUACCAUCACUUCCGAUUUGUCCCUGGUGUUUUGCAACUCCCGAGAGCUGAGGAGAGUGCAGGACAUCGCUGCAGUUUGCCAAGACCAGAUGAGGGAAAUACUAGGGUGCCUGGAUUUCUUUUGCCGGGGGCAGGGCUGUCUGGACUGCCAACUUCUCCAGUCUGGGAAGAAGGCUUCCAUUGCGCUAUACAAUUCAGUCUAUUUUAUUGUGUUCUUCGGGUCACGUGGCUUCCUCAUCCCCAGGCACGCAGAGGGGGCCACCAAGGUUAGCCAGGCGGUACUGAAGGCCAAGAUUCAGAAGCUGGCGGAGAGCCUGGAGUCCUGUACCACUGCCCUGGAGGAACUCAGUCAGCAGCUGGAAUCUAGAGUACAGCUCUAUGCAAAAACCAAACAUGGAAACCCCUGUUUGGACUCAAAGGAUUCUCUGGACAAAUAUGGAGGGAUGAUUUUUUGAGAGCAAGGAUAUUCCCCCAGAGACUGAGACUUGGAGCUGGAUUGGAAUGGACAGUGGUACACACAAAAUGGGAAAAAAAAACCUAAGGCAACAAACCCAGCUUCUUCCUGUAAAAGGCAUGCCUGCUUUGGGUAUGCAUGGGAUUUCUGAGAUCCUGUCCAGCUCUGAGAUUUUUACGAGGAUGUGACUUGAAAUGGGUGGGUCCUCGGAGCCCUUCUUUUCUCACCAAUGUGAUAUCCUGUGACUGAAAGGACUGGGAUUUCGUGCUGGGGACUUUUCCCAUGUAGCAACAGUAGCAUGUGUGAAUGGUAAUACUAAUGUGUUCUGUGCCAGCAAAAUGUUUUCCUGCCAGCAUCAAGUUUUCCAGUCACCAAUGCCAGGGAAAGGCUAGUUAAAUAGUCUUCUCUAAGUAUCCAGUGGUUGAAUGGGCACCUUGUAGAGUUAUCAGAUUUUCAAGAUGGCCUCCGUUCUGCUUUGAGGGAGCAGUUUGAGACCAAAGAGAGUUUCAAGAGACUUCUUUUCGAUUUGAGCCCAAAGUGAUCAAAAGACCCCCCAAAGAUGGCUUAGGGAGUAAGGCAGAUGCUUCUGAUUUCAAGGAGAUCUAGAAUAAAAGUCCAGUUACAGAGACCAAAAAGAUGUUUUUCUGCCUCCUCUCAAUGACCAUUGUCCCCACUCCCCAAACAACAAAAAUGUCUGGUUCAGAAUUCAAGGAAGGUACCUGGAACUUACCUGAUCCUCUAUGUUCCCCAGCUUGCUCUGUUUAAGGAUUCAUCCUGGGUUUAGAGAGGACCACUUGAGGUGGCUGCAUAGUAAAAUGACCUAUCCUGAUCUAAUGAUUUCAUGGAUUUCCAAAGCUAAUACUCAGUGUGAAGUCCAGGGUAUCCUCCCUUCCUGCUACUUGUUUAUGCCAGGUGGCAAGCUCAAAGGCAGUUAGCAUCCCUGGAGAUAAUAGAAAAGAUUAGAUAACUGGGAAAGGAUGAAGGGAAGCGAUGAUUCCUCAAAAAUUCCCUAUUUUAUUAACUAAAGAAUGUGACACAUUCUAGCCUUUAGAGGUCAGUGUUGUCUAUACAUUAUAGAAACUGGUACAUCAAAGAAUGUAGCUUUACUGAGAAACUAACCUUUCUACCUUUUAUUUCAACACCCAUGAGGUAUUUUAUUUAUUUAUUUAAAUUCUAUUUUAUUGCCUUGUAUUAUAUAAAUUGAAUUUUAUAUAAUUUGCAUAUUUUAAUAAUCACAGGAAAAUAAAUUUGGGAAAUGUUGGCCGCCAUCAUCAGCUUCAUUUCCAAGGGCUAAAGUACAGUCUGCAAAGGCUUCUGCAAAGUGGAUAAGAGAUAAGCAAAUGGUUGCUUGAGGUGGCAUCACUCCCUUUAAGGAGUUCCUUUUUGAUCUGUGAGGAACAAUUCCUUUUUCGAAGUUUCUGUUAAGUAGGUAAAGUAAAUGAAAGAAAGAUCAAACAGUCUUCAAGAGUAAGGUAAUAUAUUUCUUAUUAUGUAAAUGAUUAAAAUAUAUGCUUACCUUUAAGGUACAUAUACCAACAGAUAAAACUUGACCUAGAAAGAGAAUAGUGUAAGAGAGGAGGUGUAUGAAACAAGCAUUUACACGCAGAGAGCCUUGUGUCCUAUGAAGUCGUGUCUUGUGAAUGAUGGACAAUGGUUGGUGAGGUUGUAGUAAUGUGUCUUGGUUUCAUUUGUUAUAGGUACAAGAAAUUGCUUUUUUUCCCCCUUGGUGGUUAGUUAGCCUUAAGAAAAUGCUUAAAGUCUCUCGAAUUGUCCUUCCUAUUAUUGUAACCAAGGACCAAAGAAAGAUUCCAAAAUAUUAGGAUCUACAAAGAAAUUGCCUGCCAAUGAUGGCAGUGAGCUUGAGGAAGUGCAGUUUCAGAACUUUGGGGUAUAUUUCCUUUGAACAACGCUUAAUAUUGAAUUAGAUUCUAUCAAUAACUAAAUUAUAUUUUGGACACUGUUGGAAACUGUAUCAGUCUUUCCUUUCUACUAAUUUACAUUUAGUGCAUUGAAAUUGUAAUGUUGAAUUGCAACUUGUAGGAUCAAUUUAUAAAACAGGAAUAGUAUCUGUCCUGCAAUAAUGCUAUGAACACGGUAGGGAUUCAGUAAAUGUUAUCGAAUGAGUAAAUAGCUUAAUAACUUAGGCAAUAAGAAUAUCUGGCUUAUGUGCCAAUGGGGACUUGGUAGGGAAAGAAGAUCAUCAGCUUUCCCUAGGUAAUUAUUAUUUCAAAACUUGGAAGCUCUUUAGGGCAUUAGGCAAUUCAUCCUUAGUCAAAUAUAGCUAAAUAUUAAUUCUAGGGAGCAAUAAUAGUUCAUAGGAAAAUACAGAAUUAUUAUUUUUUUGGUAAGUCUUCAUUCUGUCGGAAAUAAGGUGUAAAAUGAAGUGUUAUGGAAGGGAGAAGGGAAAGAAAUCCUUAGAUAAAAGGAUCAAGAAAAAAUGUAUCUUUCAAAAAUAAACUUGUUAAAAACAAACAUGCUGAAUGUUCAAGUGAUUUUUCUAGUUAUUUUUCCUAGUAUUUUUCCUGUUCUUAAAGCUUCAUUGGAAAAGACUCUUCUGUUGGGAGAGAUUGAAGGCAAAAAGAUAAAGGGGAUGGCAAAGGAUGAGAUGGAUAAUGUCAUGAAAACAAUGAACAUGAAGUUGGACAGACUUUGAGAUAUGGUGGAGGAUAGAAGGGCCUGGUGUGCUAUGGUCCAUUGGGUUACGAGGAGUCAGACGUGACUAAACCAGCAAACAAUAACAAAUACUGAAAGCAUUUGAAUUUGUUGUGUUUCAAAAUGAUGAGAUCUAACUUUUGAUUCUUCUUUGUAGUGUUUCACCAAGACUAUAUCUUAUUCUGUUUUUAAAAAAAUGGAAAAUAUACCGCAUGUGAUCCAAACUACUAGACUGAAGGUGCAUUAGAGCAGAGAUAGUACUUAGAAUAGUACAUAUAUUAAAUCUCCACUUAUAUGGGAAUCAGAUUUCAGGAACGGCAACCCUUUAGAACACUGUAGAGAACUGAGUAUGGGAAAAAGGACUCUAAGUAAAUAAAUUGACAUCUAAAAGUUCACUAAAGUUGAGAUUUGAGGGAUGUUUUCCAGUCUUGACUCAAAUAAAAUUAGGAUUUUAAAUAAACAUUGGGACAUUCUGGCCCAAAGUAUGAAAACAUUAAGUUUAAACGUGAUAGCAGCUGAAGGCAAAAGGAGACAUGUGUGAUUCCUCAUUGACAACAGUGAUAGUGAAACCUGCAGUCUGACCAUAAAGGAACAGAUAAAAAAAAUACAAAAUUGGAGAUAAAAAUUAAGAGCACAGCAAUUUGGGGUCAUUUAAUAAAAUGGUAAAUGGCUCUUUUCUUUAAAAACCUUUGGGCUUAUUAGUAAUUGGUGUUCACAAUAGUGACCUUAUUUAAAGGUCACUUAAAAAGUCAUUAAAAAAAAAGAUUAAGUUGCAU